AGGUACCAAAGACUCAGCCUUAUCUCAAGGUACCAAAGACUCAACCUUAUCUCAAGGUACCAAAGACUCAACCUUAUCUCAAGGUACCAAAGACUCAACCUUAUCUCAAGGUACCAAAGACUCAACCUUAUCUCAAGGUACCAACGGUGAAAAGGAAAACAAAAAUCCUUCUGUGUUCAACAAGAAAAAAAGUAAACUCAAGGAGCGACGGGACCGCCUACGACGGUUCACCACCAGCGUCCUGCCGUCACAGCUGAAGGGCCUCGUGCAGCAGAGUUCCAGCACCGGUGAUUCUCGCUCUCACCAUCAUAUAACUGACGGUGUUGACGCAAGAGCAAGAAAAAUGCAGCGUCUUAGUGAUUUGCCAGACGAACCCGAGGCUCCUCAAGUGAACCGUACAAGAUCUGACGUCAGCCAUAGUAAUAAAGUGAGUCAAGUAGAGCUUAAUAACUGCACUGUUCCGGCCAGUUUGCACUCGGCCAACCCAGCACCCCCCAAACCCCCCAGGACAUAUAUUAAGGAAGUGUCGACCACGCCAUCAACAUUUCGUCACUCUAGAAGCAACAGUGUGCCUGGUCAACCAUUCGCCCAACAAAUAUUCAACUUGCAGGAGGAUCUUGUGUCAAGUACCAUCAAGAAGAAGCCUAUGCCCGCCCCCAGAUCGGUCUUCCCUACCUUCCUCACGCCCCUCAGCAGGAAGAGGUGUCCUAAUUCCUCCACCCAGGUAAACACCGCUGUUAAAACCAGUGUUGAAGACGCUGCCAUUCACUGCUCAACCCCUGUCACGUUGCCAAAGAACUCUGCUCAGUACUCGGGGCAGAAAAGUGAAGAAGUUAAAAGAGCAAGAAAACUGAAUCUGAGGAGAGAUUCAAAUGGUAAACAAGUGUACUAUUUCGACUCCUCCUUGGACGCCUCCUACACCAGUCACAAGUGUUAUCUGACGUCCUCGGGGGCCCUGGACGACUCCUUCACGUCCUUCAGCGGCCCCGCGCAGGAUCGGGAGGACAUACCGUGGAUCACCACACCGCCUCAGUGUAAAUUGAAGCCUUCCCGAUCCUUGUGUAACGUGAACCUUGGCGGAGCAGAUCCACGGAGUACGUGGGCCGUCCUUCGCUCUCUUACGUCACACACCCACAACAAGGU